GCUUCCAGCGCCUCUCCACCACCAACACCAACACCAACACCGACUCUCCCCUCUCUGUGUGCCCGACGAGCGCUGCCUCCACCGCCGCAGCCGCAGGAGCGACGACGCGCUGUGUGGACCGCCGCUGCUAGUCUCCCAUAACCCGCUUUCCCCCCUCUCCUGCUGCACAUACACGCUCCUCCAUAACCAUCAGUACCCGAGUGUUAUGCUGAUAUCCGGGGAUAUCGGGGGGAUUUUGGGACGGAAAGACUCUUUACUGGACCUCUAAAAAUUUCUCCGCCCUCCACCGUGCCCAGUCUCCGUCUGCGCUGCGUCUCCGGUGCUGCUUUUUACGCAGCGAAGGCGUCGCUGAUUUGCCCGCAAAAGGGGGAAACUCAACAGUUGUUGCUGCUUAUUGUUUGCAUGUCGACGUGCAUAUCACUACCAUGUGGAGGCUACUGCAAUCGUGUUGUUGCUGCUGGUGGAUUUUCUCUCUCAUUUUGCCUGCCUUCGUGCUCCUGUGGGCCGAGUGUCAUCCUGCGCUGACAGGAAGCCAAGCCGAGUCCCAAGCCCCUAUCCAAGGCCUUCGCAGAGCCACGGCCGAUGGGACACGACUCCGGAGAGCCGCCACCGAGGAGACCUACUGGGCCUACUCAGGUAUAUAUGGGCCAGAUGAAGGAUGGGCAUCAGCCUACCCAGAAUGCAGAGAGAGAAACCAGUCACCAAUCAACAUUGUGGACCAGGAUACCAAAGUAUCCACAGAGUAUCAGGAGUUGACACUGGAGGGCUUUGAUACCGAAUCCUCCAAUAAGACAUCUAUGAAGAACACCGGCAAAACAGUGGCCAUUAUGUUGAAGGAUGAUUACUUUGUUCGGGGAGCAGGUCUACCAGGGAGGUUUAAGGCCGAAAAAGUGGAGUUCCAUUGGGGUCCAAACAACGGAUCUGAAGGCUCUGAACACAGCAUUAAUGGCCGCCGCUACCCUGUGGAGAUGCAGAUCUACAUGUACAACUCAGAUGACUUUGACAGUCUCAGUGCAGCUCUGAGGGAGAAGAGGAUCAUCGCAGCCAUGGCCGUGUUUUUCCAGGUGGGAGGGAAGGACAAUCCUGCUGUCGACCCCAUAAUCCACGGCCUGAAGGGUGUGGUCCAUCAUGAAAAAGAGACAGUCCUGGAGCCGUUCGUCCUGAAGGACCUGCUGCCGUCUGCCUUGGGAAGUUACUAUCGCUACACCGGCUCUCUGACCACGCCUCCCUGCAGUAAGGUGGUGGAGUGGAUCAUCUUCAGCAGACCUAUCUAUGUCUCCUACAAACAGUUGGAGGCCUUCUACUCCAUCUUCACCACAGAGCAGCAGGACCAUGUUAAGUCUGUGGAAUAUCUGCGCAGCAACUUCAGGCCCAUCCAGAGCUUGGACAACCGCCACGUCUUUAAGUCAGCAGUCAAAGAUGCCUGGCUGCCCGACCUGACUGACAGCAGCAGCGGGCCAUACGGCACAGAGUCUUCCAAAGUGUGCAGCAGCGCUCCCAUCAACAUGAAGGUACAGCAUGUCAACAGCAGCGCUCUGGUGGUGCGCUGGGCCCGCCCGGAGGUCACCUACCACCCGCCCAUCCUCCACUUCCUGGUGUCCUACAGCUGGACGACCCAUGACGACAGCUAUGAGGAGACACACCUCACUGACGCCAAACACAAACUGGAGGCUGUCAUUUCUCCCGUCUCCCCCGAUGUGCUGUACCUGUUUCGAGUCCAGGCCGUCUGCAUGAAUGACAUGCGCAGUGACUUCAGCCAGAGCAUGCUCUUCAGAGCAAACACCACAAGGAUAUUUGAGGGGACAAGGAUCGUGAAAACUGGAAUGCCGACAGUGUCUCCAGCCUCUUCAGCUGAUAUGGCUCCCAUCUCCUCUGGCUCAUCUACUUGGACCUCCUCAGGUAUCCCUUUCUCCUUCGUCUCCAUGGCAACAGGAAUCGGCCCAUCCUCCAGUGGAAGUCAAGCAACGGUGGCGUCCGUGGUGACCAGUACUUUACUGGCCGGCUUGGGCUUCAGCGGCGGUGUUAUCUCCUCCUUCCCCAGCUCAGUUUGGCCAAGCAGAGCACCAACCCAUAAUCCCACACGCCAGACCACUGAACCCACCGAGCCCACCAAAGAGGCCACCACCUCUGCCUCUGCUGUCACGACGGCUGCAGCCAAAGAUAACAGUGACACUGGGGGUGAGGACAGAGAGAAUAGCAAGGGUCAAGGAGAAGACAGUGAGAGGGAAGGAGAGGAUAAGGAUGAAGAGGAGGAAGAAGAAGAUAAAGAUGAGAAGAAGGAGAGGAAAGGAUCAGGAGGUGUUGGCAAGGCAAGGAGGAAGGACAACAGUACAGCGGUGAAUGAGCCGCUCAGAGAGACACCAGAUGCUACUGCAAAGGAGAAAGAACAGACUGAACCAGAUCCAACUGAUGUGCCACCUGACGUAGAAGACCAAUUGGGAGUGUACACUCACAAUCCACUUCACUCUAACCCCACUACCACCACAGAGGCUGCCACUGAAAUGGUCAAAUUUCCUGCCCCCAAGGACCCAGCAGCAACACUCAGACCCAGCUCAGGGAGGGACAGGAAGCACUGGCCUUUCUCCAUUCAUACCGACCGUCCCAGUGCUGUGACCAACCUGACCCACCAGGCAAGGCCUGGGUCUGGGGCGGGGCUGGGCCGUGUGGAGUGGCUGGUACCUUUGGUGGUGGUUUCAGCUCUGACUUUCCUCUGCCUCGUUCUCCUGCUGGCUGUGCUCGUCUACUGGAGGCGCUGUUUCCAGACAGCCCACUUCUACGUGGAAGACAGCAAUUCACCUAGGGUGGUACCCAAUGAGACGAUCCCAGUCAUACCCAUUCCAGAUGAUAUGGAAGCCAUUCCAGUCAAGCAGUUCAUCAAACAUGUCUCUGAACUCUACUCAAAUAACCAACAUGGAUUUUCUGAAGAUUUUGAGGAGGUUCAACGGUGCACUGCAGAUAUGAAGAUCACGUCAGAGCACUCCAACCACCCUGACAACAAGCACAAGAACAGAUACAUCAAUAUAGUGGCCUAUGACCACAGCAGGGUGAAGCUGAGGCCGCUGGCUGGGAAGGACUCCAAACACACCGACUACAUCAAUGCCAACUAUGUGGAUGGUUAUAAUAAGCCUAAAGCUUACAUCGCAGCCCAGGGACCUCUCAAGUCCACCUUUGAGGACUUUUGGCGGAUGGUGUGGGAGCAGAAUACCUGCAUCAUCGUCAUGAUCACCAACCUAGUGGAGAAAGGCCGGAGAAAAUGUGACCAGUACUGGCCAACAGAGAACAGCGAAGAGUACGGCAACAUGGUAGUCACACUGAAGAGCACGAAAGUUCAUGCCUGCUACACUGUUCGCCGCUUCACAUUGCGCAACACUAAAGUCAAAAAGGGGGGGAAGGGGAACCCUAAGGCACGGGCCCAGGGUGAACGGACAGUGCUCCAAUAUCAUUACACCCAGUGGCCAGACAUGGGUGUCCCUGAGUACACCCUGCCCGUCCUCACCUUUGUCCGCAGGUCCUCAGCUGCCCAGAUGCCUGACAUGGGACCCAUGCUUGUACACUGCAGUGCUGGAGUGGGACGGACGGGGACGUACAUCGUCAUAGACAGCAUGCUGCAGCAGAUCAAAGACAAGAGCACAGUUAAUGUACUCGGCUUCCUCAAACACAUACGCACCCAGCGCAACUACCUAGUCCAGACUGAGGAGCAGUACAUCUUCAUCCACGAUGCCUUGAUGGAAGCCAUUUUGGGGAAAGAGACGGAAGUGGCAGCCAGCCAGCUUCACUGCUACUUCAGCAGCAUCACGACACCAGGACACAGCGGCCGGACACAUCUGGAGAAACAGUUCAAGUUGGUAACACAGUGUAAUGCCAGAUUCAUGGAAUGCUUCAACGCUCAGAAAGAGUGCAACAAAGAGAAAAAUCGAAAUUCCUCCGUGGUGCCAUCGGAGCGAGCGAGAGUCGGCCUAGCACCUUUGCCCGGCAUCAAAGGCACAGAUUACAUCAACGCCUCUUACAUCAUGGGUUACUACCGGAGUAAUGAGUUCAUCAUUACCCAGCAUCCUCUGCCCCACACCACAAAAGACUUUUGGAGAAUGAUCUGGGACCACAAUGCACAAAUUAUUGUUAUGCUGCCUGCCAACCAUGGACUGGCAGAGGAUGAGUUUGUGUACUGGCCCAGUCGGGAGGAGGCCAUGAACUGCGAGGCAUUCACUGUCACCCUCAUCAGUCAAGACCGACUCUGUCUGUCCAAUGAGGAGCAGAUCAGCAUCCACGACUUCAUCCUGGAAGCUACACAGGAUGACUAUGUUUUAGAGGUUCGUCACUUUCAGUGCCCUAAGUGGCCGAAGCCCGACGCACCCAUCAGCAGCACCUUCGAGCUCAUCAACGUCAUCAAGGAGGAGGCAGCCAGCCGUGAUGGACCAACCAUCAUCCACGAUGAGUUGGGAUCCGUGUCAGCUGGCAUGCUGUGUGCCCUCACCACACUGUCUCAGCAGCUGGAGAGUGAAGGUGCCGUUGAUGUCUAUCAAGUGGCCAAGAUGAUCAACCUCAUGAGGCCAGGAGUCUUCACAGACAUUGACCAGUACCAGUACCUAUACAAAGCCCUGCUCAGCCUCGUCAGCACCAAGGAGAACGGCUCGGGUCUUCUGGCCAGGGACAUUAACGGGACCAUGGCGUCCAUGUCCGACCAGUCUGACCAAGCAGAGAGCAUGGAGUCGCUGGUCUGAGAGCGGCCCUUCAAGGGCCCGGAGCUGAGAUGAGCUGAGGGUGUCCUGUGGGUCCAAACACCCUGUGAGGUCCCUGAGCCCACCAAGGAGGCACUUAACUUUGUAAAACGUCAAGGAACUAUUGUGAACAAGACUUUUUGAGGCCUUUUUGCCAGACUCUUGGUUAAAAUGAAUAACCUGAUUACUUUUUUACACUGAUAAAAAGUUUUUGAUAUUUAUUUUUUUCGCCAUUUUAUGUCUUAAUGUUCUCCUACUGAAGGGUUUGCACCUGCGUUUUUAAGUUUCACGACGGCGUCGGUAGGCAACGAGAAACACUUUUCUGUCUUUUCUUGUUUGCACUAUGUAAUGUCAGUGUUACUGCCUAUACUAAAGCUGACUCACUUGGCUUUUCUCCACUCGAGCUCUGACUUUUUUUUUUUUACAUUCCAUGGCUUUGGCCCUAAUUAAAUCAACUGCUUCUGUGAAGGACAUUGUUCUGCCUGCCACCUACCAGUUGAUUUAAGACAGUGGACGGAGGAAGGCACGAACUCUCCGCCUCAGUAACAAAAAUGCUGUUCGACUUCAGCUCAACGUGACCUCCUCUGCCCUGCUCAUCUAUAGUACUCAUAUUACCACUCAUUUAUCACAAGAAUCGAGAUCUUGGAACCUGUUGCCACAGACAAGUAGCGCUUGUUUUCUAAAAGUAGUUUCCUCCUCACCGUUUUUUUUUAUUUGUUUUCUUCACUCUCCCUCUUAUUAGCGAGUCACACCCAUGUUAGAAUACAUAAGGUGGUGUAACAACUGCUACUGUGAAAUUUUAUUAUUUCUUUGUAUAAUUCAUAUUAUGCUUUUUAAUAUAUGGAAAUACUGUAUGUAUACAUAUAUAAAUAUAUCCUUAUCAUAAUAACUUUGUGAUUUUUGUACAUGUCCUUUGUGGCCUCCCGCCUCAGGCCGGUUAAUUUCCACUGCGUCCAAUAGUUUACCACCCCACUACUCACAGCUGAUCCACAGCCAUCUGGAAGCGGACCUUCUCGGUCCUCUACCUUUCUGUAUGCUGCUACAUCAUCUGAACUCACACACAUACACACAUACAAACGUCACCAGUAGUGAUUUUACAUUUGAAACGUUUGACCAACUACAACAGAUGAUGCAACAAUGUGACAUUGCCCAUCUCUCUGAAAAUCAUGUUUUGAAAGGAUUUAUUUUAGGUCAUAAAUUCAUUCUGACAGACAAGCACGGAUUAAGAACACAGAGGCCUGUAUAUGAAGCCCUCAAUAACUCACAUGCACCUGUGUGUCAUUACAGGGUGGAAUCAGUAUAAUGUGCAGGGGAACAGCAGACUCAAAAACAAGCUCUAUGCAACAAGUUGAUUUUGUUUUAGAAAUCCAAAACAGGGUUUAAAACAGUCUUUGGGUUCUCAGUGUUAGUCUAGUCCAGAUUUGACCAGUCUCACUGCAGUGGGUUUAGAUUUAUUUUAUAAUUUUUGCAUUUUGCAUCUUUUGAUUUUAUUUGUGUCAUCUGGACAGAUUAAAAACUGCUAAAUGAUCAUAUUCUCCUGCUUUAAAAGCAUCUCAUGAUAUACUGUAUAGUACAUCUUAGAAGCCUAAAGCCAGUGCUUUGACCACCAAAACUGUAUUUAUAAUUGAUUUUCUGAUUAAUUACAAGUCGCUACAUUUCCCAUUGGUCUGUGAUGUCUGUGAGGUUGGUUAUGAAGAGCUAGAGUUUGUUCAGAAACAUGCCUUUUGAUUCCUCUUUCUAUUCCUGACUUCACUGAAAUUUGGAACUUCUAUCUUCUAUCUACACUGCUUGCACCAACUCCCAUGUACAGUGUUUACAAAAUGGCGGAUGAUAGUACUCAGGGGUGGCUAAAUUUCACAAAAUACUACAAAACAGUUUCCCUACUCUGUCUGUGGCACACUUAUUUCUACACAACAUUAAUCUUUUAAAAAACGUGUUAUGUUAAAUAACCAUACUCAGUAAUUUUCUAAAACAGCUGGGCGCUGUAAUUUUUAGCAACCUGUUCUCACUCCCAAUUCGUCAAAUACCAAUGGUUGGUCAGUGGUUAAUGGAGACAGUGAUGCCCCAAGACACCCUAUGGCAUCUGUAAGAGACGCACUGGGUCACUUCAUUAUUUGAUGCUCUAAACAACAGCCAUAGUGUAAAGGGUGAGAAAGUCCACAUAGGGAGGGACGGAAGGGUCAAACAAACACAGGACUUCUAUCCAGAAGACGGCUGUUUGUGUCCCAUGUGAAAUUGGAAAUCAAUGACGGGUUAUUUUGAGAAUGUAGCGUCCUGUGUCACAUGACCACUUACUUUUAUUGCCUAAACUUCAGGAAAUAAAACUAAAAACUAAACCUAUGCUGGAAGUUUACUUCGAAACAAGACUGUAUGCAUUUAACAAGUGGAAACUGUACAGUUGCUGUAAAAACAAGUAUAUUUUGAAAGGAUUUAUGCAUGUAACAAGCAAAAAUUGACAUGCUAUUCCUAAGUGUCCAAAUUCCGCAAUCACCAGACUGUUGGCAUUGUACAUCUCUGCAAACCACGAAUACAUUUGCACGUUACUAUGUAGCAGAUAAGUUAAAAUGUUAUGUAUCCAAAAUGCCAUGCUUAACGCAUGGUUAGGUUUAGGCACAAAACACUUGGUUAUGGUAAGGAAACAAUCAUGGUUUGGCCAAAAAUAGCCGGUUUGGGGGCACAAUCCCAGCAGGAAAAGCAGCAAUGUCUCUUUUCAUGCCUAAAUAGCUGCUGAAAAAACAGCGUCUGGUUGUUACUCAUUAAAUCACAGCCAGUUGUGUUGCUUGUUGGUCUCUAACAGUGAUCUGCAGUGGUCUGCAUCUCGACUGAUGUCACACCAUCCACCAUCCCCUCCACCUCCCGAUGACAAAGUCAUCUAUGUCACUAUGUCACUUAAGAAAUGUUGACAUAAUUUGCAGAAACGUUGGCCUACAAUGCCACCAUUUCUUCUGGCUGGUCCAAAAGUGAUGCUACAGGGGUACCUAGAGUGUUUUAGUAUGACAUGCAGGGCCACUAAUCAAUUCAUUGUUGGUUCUGGUUUUGGUCUUUCCUUAGUUGACAAUAGUACCGACAGCCUUACCCUUGGAAUUCUAACUAUCUGGCAGCCAUUGCCAACUUACACACUACUCAUUGACCAUGUGGCCUGACAAACUGUUGCUCUUCUCAUUAAACCAGCCAUAAACUCACAGAAACAUACGCUUAAGCAGUCUUACUUAUGUAGGUGUUUUUAUCAUCAGUGUCUUGACAAAAGCAUCCACGUGUCAUUAAAACCCAGGACGCUGACCAGAUCUGAUUUAUCUGCCGUAGUACACAGACCUUAGAGGCUAGUUUCUAAUAUGUCACAUCCUGGAGAGCGAUCAUUUUCUUUAACAAUUUGUGUCCAGUGUGAAAUAUUAAAGUGAUUUAAAGCAAAACAAACAAACAAAAAAACAACUGCAUUUUGGAGAAAACAGAACAGGUGGAGGUCCGUUCCAGAUCCGUGCUCGCUGACAGAGGUGUGAUCACUCGCUCCAACCUCUCAAGGCCUUGUGUAUAUAGUUUCUGUUCCUCACUCCCUUUUCUCCAGAGAUGUAUUUUUUAGUGGUUUUGUGGCCUACAAGCAAAGAGCAGAGUCUGAAAUGUUUCCUGCUUCAGCUGCAGUAACCUCCUAAACACACACAUAUUUCCACACUUACACCUUUCUUUGACAUGAGGAUGUUCUACUUUAGCCGCUGAUUUUGAUGAUAUUCUGUAAUGUUGAUGGCGUGAGAUGAACACUUGUGGUUUUGCAUUUUGAAUGAAACUGUGAAAGUGUUUCUUUUUUUUCACACAGCACAAAACAGAUAGUGUGUGGAAUGCAAGGGGGGGCAAAUGUAUUUUGAUUUUUUAAAAACUUUUACCAAAGACUUGAAUCCUUCCCGUGCAGAAAAACAUGCUGGGUAAGCUUUUUCUCUCUCUUUUGUCCAAUUUCUCUCUCUGACUGGAUGCCCAACCCUCCUUUCUCACCCUCACACUAUAUCUGUAUUUGUAUCAGUGUCCUUACAAAAGUUUGCUUCAAAGUCUCACUUUAGUAUCUGUUUGCUUUGACUUCAGCAUUAAAGUCCUUACUUGCA